CUCUUCGUUCACUCCCGUUCGUAUCAAUCGCUCAUUCUCUGCGCAUGGCAACUUUCUUCCAGCGUUUAGUACGCAUGCGCUUAGUUGACGAUCGGUGACGUACGGUCCUCCACAUAACCUAUUAAAUAAUUUAUUUUAAUUGUAUUUUUGUAAAAAAAUGGCACAAUUAUCGCCUUUAGAGAAAGUCGGGCUUAUAUUUGUCGGGUUUUUGCUUCUAUAUAUAGUGAAAAAUGUAUUAAGUGUGGUGUAUAAUUUUGUUAUUGGCCCAGCGUUGAACAAAGUUGACUACAAGCUAAAAGGGAAAUGGGCAUUGGUCACCGGAUGCACGGAUGGCAUCGGAAAGCAAUACGCAAGAGAGUUGGCUGCGCGAGGCUGUGAUAUCGUUCUAGUCAGUCGAUCAUUAGAUAAAUUAAAGGCAACGGCGGAGGAAAUAGAAAAGGACUUCAAAGUCUCAACUAAGGUAAUACAAGCUGACUUUAGCGAGGAUUCGAAGAUCUAUGAUCACAUUUCCAAGGAAAUUGAGGGUCUGGAGAUCGGCACGUUGGUCAACAACGUGGGAGUGUCGUAUUCCUACCCAGAAUACUUCCUGGACAUUCCAGAAUGGGAUAAAACAGUCUCUACAUUGAUCAGAGCGAACAUAGUCUCUGUUACCAACAUGACACAUCUGAUCCUGCCUGGCAUGGUGAAGCGAGGGAAGGGAGUUGUGAUCAACAUUGGAUCGGCUUCAUCAGUCAUUCCUAGCCCGCUGUUGACGGUCUACGCGGCUACUAAGGCAUACGUAGAUAAGUUCACCGAGGGCAUUGAAAUGGAGUACUCGAAACAAGGCAUUAUAAUACAAUGCGUGCAGCCCGGCUUUGUUUGCUCAAACAUGUCCGGUAUCAGACGAAGCACGUUUUUCGCACCAACAGCGAAGGACUUUGUCAAAUCUGCUAUAAACCUCGUCGGCACCACGGCCGUCACCACUGGCUACCUUCCGCAUUCUGCCUUCGUUAACAUCCUGAAUACAAUUUACGAGUCCUCGAACAGUUUCGCAGUGUGGCUGGUCACCAGGUCGAUGGAGAAUAGCCGAAGGAAGGCAAUGAAAAAGUAUAAAAAACAGUAAUUAUUUCUCUUCUAUGUGUGAGUUGCUCAUUUUUGUAACAGUGUGUAUUUAAGUGUUUUUUCUAUUUAUUUAAGUUUAAAUAUGAGAAAAACGAAAAGAAAUAAAUGAAAAACAGAAUGCAACUCAAUUUGAACGUAAUUGGAAAACAUUUAAACUUUAAAUUCAAUGAUCAUACUGUUACAAAUGAGCAGUUCGUGGUAACCUCUUUUAUCUUCUUUCACGCUUCGUACCACCGGACUAGCCGCAUGUCCUGUAGUCAGUAAUAACACCAAAGAUGUUAUAAUAUAUGUAAUAAACUCAUAUUUAUAUUUAAUUGCCUUUACAAAUGGUAGUGGAAUAAUAUCCGGAAUGAAAUAUAUCCGGGAUUUAUAGAAUUUCGAAUAGAUCGGUGUAAUUAUAUAUAAACUUAUGAAAAUUUCUCAUAAACACAAUUUAAUUUGAAUUUUUAAUAGAUAUCAUAAAAAUAACUACUUUUAAAAAAUCGAGCCAUAAGGUUCAGUUAAGUUUGAAUUUGAUUUAAUUUAUUAGAUUUUUUUCUUGUCCCUGGUUAGUUAAGGCAAAAUUUUUAUGAGGCGCGGAGUUAAUUGCUUCCUGAAUCGAAUGCUUUAUAAUAAUCUAAAUUAACUCUAGUUGAUUAUUUAAAUUGAUUUCUUAAGGUAAAAAAAAAAUAAUCGAAAGAAUCGUAUUAAGAAUUGGUAUUACAUUCCUUGAGCUAUUUUUGAUCGAACCAUCUGUUAAUAGCUUUACUUCUAACCUAUUUCUAUGCCUACUACUGAUUUAAUUUCUCAAUAUCGAUUCAUUCCUUCAUUCGAUUUAGAAAAGCAUUCGAUUCUAGAGCUCGGUGCAUUCGAACUAUCAAAUGUACAAAGUUGUUCACAAAACCGCAAACUAACAUCGGGCUGUGUAAUUCGCAUUUGAUCAAAAAUACUGUUAUUACAAAAUGGGAUUGUACUAGAUUAAGUUGGUUUAAUAAAUUUGGUAUGCAAUA